UCAGACGCUUUUGCAAUAACAACGACUGGAAUAUGUUUUACUGAUUGUAGCUUUAAUCCUACGGUUAAACACCAGAUGCUGCGAUGCAAUCUACGGGAAAGAAGAAGACAAAUUUUUAUAGUAUCCAUGAUGCAGUGAGAGCUGGCAAUGUGGAGGAACUGGCUCAAUUGGUGCGAAAUGGUGCAAAUAUUAAUGAAGCUGAUUCAGAGCACAAGUUCACACCUUUACACUGGGCUGCACUUUCAGGGAGUCUGGAGUGUUUGCAUUGGCUUUUAUGGCAUGGUGCUGACACAACUGAUGUGACACCAAGAGGAUGGACAGCAGCACAUCUGGCAGCAAUCAGAGGACAGGAUGCCUGUGUGCAGGCUUUGCUGGUAAAUGGAGCUAAUCUGAGUGCUAAGGAUGACAGAGGUUGUACCCCAGCACACAUAGCUUCAGCUCAUGGUCACUCAUACACUCUGCAGACUAUAUUGCGCAGUGGUGUGGAUGCUAAUACACCUGAUAAAAACAACUGGAAACCAGUGCAUUAUGCAGCUUUCCACGGAAGGCUGGGUUGUUUGCAGUUUCUUCUUAAAUGGGGAGCUAGUGUUGAUGAUGUUGAGAACAAUGGAAAUACACCAGCUCAUUUGGCAGCAAUGGAAGGUCAUCUGCACUGCUUCAAGUUUUUGGUCUCUCAGGGAGCGUAUAUUACCUACACUCUUGGAGCCAGGAAUGAUCAAGGAGAAACCCCCAAAGAUCUUGCACAGAGAUUCUACAAGUCAUCAAUCACACAAUAUAUUGAAGCAGUAGAAUAUGAGAGGGAUCAUCCACAGGAGCAAGAAAAUCUAGCAUUUCCGGCACAUGUGGCCGCAUUUAGAGGAGAUCUUGAUACUCUGCAGAAACUGAUAGAGUGUGGGGUGAUAAACUUCAAUGAAAGAGAUGAUAAGGGAUCCACACCUUUGCACAAAGCUGCUGGACAAGGUCAUCUAAAUUGUUUGCAGUGGCUAAUUGAAAUGGGUGCAGAUUGCAACAUCAUGAAUGAUGCAGGAGAGACUGCAAAGGAUACUGCGAAAAGGUUUGCUCAGCUUGCAGCUGUGAAACUGCUGGGUGGAAGAAGUCAGGAGGAAUCUGAUGAGGAAAUUCAAACAGAUGAUCCAUCUUUCUUUGAAAAACAUAGUGUAGAAGGAAGUACAGAUGGUCCAAAUGGCCCCAAUAUGUGUCUUGGAGAGAAGAAAGAGGGAAGAAUGAGGGCUUUCAAGAAGAUUGAAGACCUUGAACGAUUGUUAGAAAUUGCGAAAAGUAACUAUAGACAGCUGGGAGGAAUACUUGAAGAAGACAGAAAAAAACGGAGAGAAACCACAGAGGCAGAAAGGACCAUUCAGGAACUUCAGGCACAGCUAGAGUAUGAACGGUUACAUAGAGAAAGGCUGGAAUGUAAGGUGGAUGAAUACAUGGAAGAAAUUGGGAAGCUUAAUAAGAGCCUGGACCGUUACCGAACAGAACAGGAAUUUAGUGAAGAACCAACAGGUGAAAAAAAGAAAACUAAGAAGAAGAAACAAACAAGUGUGGGAGGUGUGUUUGUUCGAAGAACUCCUGAAAAGUAA